AGGAAUGUCGGUCAGCCCAACCAAUUCUGGGUAAUCCAACCGGGCAUCACGGCAGUCUCUGUCGGUGGCCCCAGUAUCGGAAGUCGGCUGAAACUUAGAUCGCAAUCCAUGAAAGCGGUUGGUUACAGCAAUUGAAAAGUUUCAGCUUCGUGUUGAAAAGUUUUGAUUUUGCCUCCAAUCCGUAAAUGAAUGGCGAACUCCGAACUUGGUUGUAUAUUGUUCGACAAGCAAGCAGGAUUGGAAAGCAUGAAGUGGUAACCGCUGUAGUUUGCCCAAUCAGGGCAGCAGAAGCAGCACAAUUUUGCAUGAUUGGACACCUUCCGGAUGAGUGAUCAAUUGUUGAUGUAAGUUUGGAGUUGGUUUCGAAAGGGUUUUCUACCAUGUCGGAGACAGCUACUUGUCCAAGCGCAGGAGUGCCUGACGACGAGCUUGUUAUUCUGCCAAAUGACAGCUUUGAUGGCAGCGACUACACAUACGAAGAGGUGGGCAUUGAUGAAGAGUUUGAAUCAGAAGGCGAUGUCGAAUCUGAAGAUCUUGAAGCCACCCUCCAUUCUUUGCAGAAGCUUUCGUUUCUUCUCGGUAAAGGGCAAAAGUCGGUUGCUGUACCGGAAGUACGUCGUCAGAGAGAGGUUCUGGAUGAUUUUGUACGAAAUUUCUGCAUGACAUACAAUCUACACAAAACGCUUGAAGUGUUCGAAGUAGAGUGGUUUGAUGCGAAGGAGAAGGGGAGGGUGAUAGAUAGUAAGCUUAUAAUGGUACCUGAUGAAUAUAGCCGCUCCUUACAACUAACCAACAUUUUGAAGCGCCUUCAAGACCAACUUGAACAACAAUCUGUCGUUGCUCAAUGCCGAGCAGAGAUGCUGGAGAAAUUUCGGAAGGAAAGAAACUUGCACCGGAUGCACCAUAACCGAAUCGCGCAAGAGAAGAAUAAGUUAGUCAAUGUCAUUAAGAGGUUGCGGACCCACUUUGGGAAGUACGAUGGUUUGCUGGAACAACUGAAGAAAAAAUACGAGCAAGCUGUAAAGGCCAAGGCGCUAAUGGCCUUGGAGAGAGACAAACUACGAACCAUAGUGGAGAAGGCAGAGUUGUUCACAGAGGAUAAUCCUUUGUCGCCGACUUACAAAGGACCCAAGUACGGGAAGAACUCCAUGACACCAGUGUCGAAGCCAGAUCCCUUGAUUUCUGCCUGUAAGAUCAACCCCUUUCAUGAGGCACGGAUAUCAGUCACAGAUGUCCGAGGUUAUACGUUGAAGAACACCUUCCGAGGCCAUAAUAUGUCUGUGAGCAAUGUGGUAAUCCACCCCAAGAAGCCCCUCGUUGUCACUGCUUCCGACGAUGGAACAUGGCGGAUGUGGGGGUUGCCAGCCGGCGAUCUUAUCAUGACCGGGGAGGGUCACAAGGAUUGGGUGUCUGGCCUUGACUUCCAUCCAAAAGGCAUGCAUUUGGCGUCUACAUCCGGGGAUUGCACUGUGAAGUUGUGGAGUUUUGAGAAAUCGCGCUGCAUUCAUACCUUCGCAGACCACACACAGGCUGUGUGGUCAGUAUCAUAUCAUACUAGUGGCGAUGUACUCGCGAGCUCAUCUCUCGAUCAUACUUCACGUCUUUGGGAUCUUUUCUCAAUGAAAUGCCGCGGCACCUUGCGGGGCCAUGUCGAUUCAGUGAAUUCCAUCACGUGGCAACUGUAUUCCAGUAUCCUCUGUACUUCAAGCAGCGACAAGACCGUAAGCCUGUGGGAUGCAAGAUCUGCACUAUGUGUGCAGACAUUUUACGGUCACAAAGCUUCCUGCAACCACGCAUGCUUCGACAACAAGGGAUACAUGAUAGCCUCUGUGGAUGCGGACGGGAUUGCGAAACUAUGGGAUGUGAGGAAGGUCGCUGAAUAUGCAACCAUCAAUGUUGGCCCUCAGUCAGCAAACCGGUGCUGCUUUGAUCCCAGUGGCCUCAUCAUUGCGAUUGCUAGCAAUGACCAACGCAUCAAAUGUUUUCAAAUCGACUUAGAGGUAGUGCCAGUGUCUGAGCUGAGAGGCCACGAGGAUGCGGUGCAAGCCGUCCAGUUCGAUCCAAAGGGCAACUUCCUGGUAUCUGGAAGUUCAGAUAGUACGUUUCGUGUUUGGGGAAGCUUCGAAUCAAAGUCAAAGGCCGGGAGGGCUGAGAAUCCAGAAUCGUCAAAUGACUACCCGUGCUAAUUCUCUAGCAAUAAUCUGAAGAACCUUGAAGCUUAUGCGAAUAUUUAUCAAAUAGCAACCAAAUUUUUAAUUGUCUCCUUUAAUCGGAUUUUCUUCAUAUCUGCCAAUCAGAAGAUACAGGAUCCAGGAGCUAGUUGGUUGUUGCAUACCCUUCCUUUAUGUUGCUUUUGAUAUGUGUAUGUUGCCAUCCUGAGCAAUUUGCUGGUCACGGCGCAAUCCUCUCACACACUUGGAAUGAAAGAAUCCGGUAGCCUUUUCAAAAGCCAGAUCUGGUGCUUUACAGGAACCAGGCAGAGUUUUCUAGCAUUGAAAACCCAUUUCAUUUAGAAAAUGGGGAAUGAAGGACUGAGAUCUCAUUUCAAUUCCGCCAUUCAUUCAUGUGUGGUUCCGAUUUGGCAUGCCUCUCUCUGUGUUGUGCUUCUUCUCCUUCUUCUUCUGCUAUGCUUCUUUCCUGCAGCUGCUCUCAAAUGUUCAGAAGAACUCUUGCUUCACAAAUGGAGCACCCCUGCUGCAUGGACUGAAAAAGGUAUCCAUUUAGCAUCCCAAUAGCGGGGCGAACCCAUGAAUUCUGACAUAUCUUACAAUAUUCCAACUGGUUUCUUCUACACUUUUGUCUCCUCAUGGAUUUUUAGAUCGUUUGUGGAACUCCAGAGUUACAUCAUAUUUUUACUUAGAUGCUAAUGUUCGUUGUACUUUUGGUUGUUUAUGUUUCAUCUCAUUUUUUAAGAAAUGUUUCAUAAUUA